AUGGGAACCACACAGGCCACCACUGACUCUUCUGCAUCUGUUUCUCUGGCCCAGCUCACAGAGACUGCCAAUCUGGCUGAAGCCAACGCUUCGGAGGAAGACAAAAUCAAAGUGAUGAUGUUGCAAUGUGGCCGUGAAUACGGCCCAAUGGGUUCCGUGAAGAAGCCUCUAGGUCCACCACCUCCGUCUUAUACCUGUUUUCGUUGUGGUGUCCCCGGUCAUCAUGUUAAGAGUUGCCCAACAAACGGGGAUAAGAACUUGCAGACUGGCCGGAGAAUCAGAAGGAGCACUGGAAUUCCUACAAGUUUUCUGACUGAGGUGGAAGACCCUAACGCGAAGGGUGCACUGCUUACCAACACUGGAAAAUACGAAAUACCAACCGUGGAUGCCGAGGCCUAUGCUGUGGGGAAGAAAGAGAAGGCACCCUUGUUACCAAGGGAACCGUCGUCAUCUUCAUCUUCAUCUUCACAAGAAGACCGUCCUCUCCCGGGGGAGCUCCUGUGCCUCAUCUGCAAGGACCUCAUGGUGGAUGCCGCCAUCAUCCCCUGCUGUGGCAACAGUUACUGUGAUGAAUGCAUUAGGACAGCCCUCCUGGAAUCAGAUGAACAUACAUGUCCAACGUGUCACCAGAACGAUGUUUCUCCAGAUGCUUUAACUACCAACAAGUGUUUAUGA